UGUGUUUUUGUUUUACUUGUCAGUUACAAAGGUCCAUUGUUAGAUGACGGAGCGCUGGCUCAGGCGGUCUCUCGUGGAGCCAGUUCCCCUGAAUUCACCAAACUCUGUGCUUGGUUGGUAUCUGAGUUACGGCUAUUCUGUAAACUAGAGGAAAAUGUGCAGGCAACUAACAGUCCAAACGAAGCAGAAGAAUUUCAACUUGAAAUGAGUGGGUUGCUGGCUGAAAUGAACUGUCCAUAUGCAUCAUUAACAUCAGGGGAUGUGACAAAACGCCUUCAUAAUCAAAAGAACUGUCUCUUGCUGCUUACAUACCUCAUCUCAGAACUGGAAGCUGCCAGAAUGCUGUGUGUGAACGCCCCUCCUAAAAAAGCACAGGAAGGAGGUGGCAGUGAAGUCUUUCAAGAGCUAAAAGGCAUAUGUAUUGCUUUAGGCAUGUCCAAGCCUCCAGCCAACAUAACGAUGUUCCAGUUCUUCAGUGGAAUUGAAAAAAAACUGAAGGAAACCCUAGCAAAGGUUCCACCUAAUCAUGUUGGAAAACCUUUAUUGAAGAAACAACUGGGACCAGCUCACUGGGAAAAAAUUGAAGCAAUUAAUCAAGCCAUAGUCAAUGAAUACGAAGUCCGAAGAAAACUGUUAGUCAAGCGCUUGGAUGUUACUGUGCAGUCUUUUGGCUGGUCAGAUAGAGCUAAGAGUCAAACAGAAAAACUGGCUAAAGUCUACCAGCCAAAACGUGCCCUCUUAUCUACUAAGUGCACUAUUUCCGUUGCAAAUCUCUUGGCAGCUCGUCAGGAUCUGUCAAAGAUUAUGAGAACAAGCAGUGGGUCUAUCCGAGAGAAGACUGCAUGUGCCAUUAAUAAGGUGCUAAUGGGCAGAGUGCCUGACAGAGGAGGAAGGCCCAAUGAAAUUGAACCACCACCUCCUGAGAUGCCACCGUGGCAGAAAAGACCAGAGGCUGGUCCGCAACAAGGCGGCGGCAGAGGAGGAAGAGGUGGCUAUGAGUCCUCAUAUGGUGGGCGAGGAGGCUAUGACCAUGGGGGUCACGACCGAGGAGGAAGAGGGGGCUAUGACUCAUCAUAUGGAGGGCGAGGAGGUCAUGAACAAGGAAGCCAUGAUCGAGGGGGACGAGGAGGACGUGGUGGUUACGAUCAUGGUGGCAGAGGAGGCGGAAGAGGAAACAAGCUUCAAGGAGGUUGGACUGAUGGUGGAGGUGGUGGCUACCAGGAUAGCAGCUACAGGGAGAGCAACUACAGAGAUGCAGGUUUUCAAACGGGUGGCUACCACAGUGGUGGUGGUGGCGGUGGUGGCUACCAAGGAGGAGGCUAUGGUGGCUACCAGUCGUCUUCAUAUUCAGGAAGUGGUCGCGGUGGCCGUGGAGGUCAAGGAGGAGGCUGGGGGGGCAGAGGUGGACAGAAUUUUAAUCAAGGGGGGCAGUUUGAGCAGCACUUCCAGCAUGGAGGUUAUCAGUAUAAUCAAUCUGGCUUUGGACAAGGAAGACACUUCACAAGCUGAGGCUGCUAAAAACUUUUGCUUCAGCAGAGCUCACUUAAUAGAAACCUGAUUUCAGAGGCCUGGCUUAAUCGCUGCUUGAAUUAGUACAGGUUUGUACGUGGCAGGUAGAAUCUCUUUGGGUUGGAUGUUCUGCAUCGAGCAAAGUACAACUUUCUGUAGACCUCUCCUGCCCCCCACCCCCUAACUUGUCAGAAUUAAAUGCAUUGUCACUUCCCACUGCACCCUAAACAUCGACUAAUGGCCAUGCUUUUUAGAUGUUGGACUGGUUCCCUCUGCUCAAAACACUUUUGUUCUGAAACUACCUGCUGCGUUUGCCUUCUGCUUUGAUUUAGAGAAAUAUCAAGACCUGCCUGGUUGAAUUUGUCUAUUAUAAUACACAAUAGACCUUCUGCAUUUUUUUCCCCCUAAUGAUUGUUCAAUUACACGUUCUAAAAUAAGUUCUGAGUAUUGCUUUUUGGCUUGAUGGCCUCUCAUUUUAGUCAUGAUGAUGUUACACAUGCGUGCGCGCAUAGUGAACUCCCUCUGACAAACAGGUUUGUUGUCUGUUAUAUGAACUCUACUGUGGAUGCCAUGUUUGGUAGCCUUAUCUCCUGCAAAACAAAACUUUCCCACCUGCUCAACUCUGAAGACUGACCGCCGCCAAAAUCUGCAAAGAUCAUUUAAAACUAAGCUGAAUUGUGAACCAAUAGUGUGUGUAGGCCUGUAGUUAGGUGUAGCAAUUCAAACUGACCUGCAUCCAUCCAAAACAAGUUGCUCCUCCUCCAAACCUAAUUUUUACUUGAAAUCAGCUAGAAGAAAUGCAAAACUGAAAUUUAUUUUAUUUGCAAGUUAAUACCACUGGCUCAGCAGAUCUAGGGCAAUUUGUUUUGGGGGUUGUCUUUUUAAAGAAAUGCACUACGGCCUGGGAAGAUUAGUUCCUGCCUGGAGGAAGCCCUUUUGUUAUUGCUGCAGAAAACAAAGCCUGGCUGAGUUUGAUGUUCUAAUGUUUGGGUUUUUUUCUUUACUGAA